AUGCAAAUCACCGUACACCUAAUGUUCGGGGUACUGCACCUCUUUACCAGUAUUCAGGCUGGUCCUUAUAACGCUUGCAUUCUUCGCAAUGGUAAAGACUCUAAGAGAACGGACGGUCAGAAGGACCUGGACAGCAAGAACGAGGCGAACGGGAAAGGCGAGAUGGAUGUGGACUACUCUGGCGAGACAACGUCCGGCCUCACCAUGACCACAUGA